UUAUUUGAUCCGAUUUGAAACACUUUAACAUUUGUAUACAAUAGGGAUUAGCUGAUUUAGAGAAGGUAUGGAAUUCAUUGUUCUCUUCAUAUAAGUCCAAAUAGGGCUAGUUUACUUCUUACCAGUAUUUAGGAGGUGGAAUUAUACCACCAUCAUAAUUACUACUCGGUAGUAAUUAUGAUGGUGGUAUAAUUGGAAUGAGAACAAUUCAUAAUCAAGAAUCAUGGGGGUGAGGUAAUUCCCGGUGACACAUUCUUGAGUUGAAGAAGUAUUUGACAUCACUCAGAAUUUUGGAAUCCAAAUGUUACUGAAAUGUAACAGGAGGUGGUUUUCCAAAGGUGCUACGAGAGAAAUUUGUGCUUCUUACGCGGUGGUACUGUAUUAGGUGGAGCUUGUGUGAGAAUCAGAAAGGAGGUUGAUUCUAGUUCUUCAAUGCCUGAAUAUGUAUGUGUCUGGAGCAUAUAAGUGAGAAGAAGCUAGAUGAUGCGUUUGCGAAACUUAAAGUCUGUGAACGUUGAGUUUGUAGAAAGGAGUUUGUAGAAUUUUAAUUAUACGUAAGGUAUAGUGGAGGUGUGUCCUGUUGGGAUGUGUAUGCAUUCAUUUGAAUGUGUGGGAAUACUUUUUCGAACGUAUCCAUGGAGAUUCUUUAUUGAUCUUUAUGACGACUAAUCAAGUAGAGUGUGGUAGUACGCCAUUAUAGUUGGUAGAGUUGUGUUAAGGUAGUGCAAAAGACUAUGGUGAUAGAAAACCUAGAGCAGACUGACAAUAAGGUCACACGAGUUAAGAUUGAUUAACUGUGGGAUUCAAUUUGUUGAAUCUAUGAAGAAGUGGUGUCAGUUCACGCAUAGUAAGGCACUAAUUUCCAGUGAUAAAUAAAUCUAUAGGUGGGAGAAGACAUGGUGCAUGUUACCUAAAAAGUUUUUAGGUAAAGUUUUGUGAGCUGGUGUAAAAAUGGUGUCAACUCAAUUAUGGUUUACCAAUAAUGUUGUCAUCAAGUUUUAUUCAUGGAAGACGUUAAGUGAAAUCUUUGUUUAUCCCAACAAAGAGACUUCAAUUCUGGUGGGGGAUGGUAAAAACGGGUAUGUGCAAAUUUAUUUCAUAAGUGAUUUCUAUCUUAAUUAUAUAUAAAUCAGGUGGAGAUUCAAAGUGAUGAAUCUCGGGAACAACGAAAAGAUGAUUUUCUGAUGAACAAAGAAAUUCCAAUGACGUAAGGUCUCCGUUAAAAUUGGAGAACUUUGCAGCGGAAAGAAAGUCGUUGGGUGUUCAAAUGUUUAAAGCAAGAAACUCCGAGUAAGGCUUACGGCGUAAUUAAGAAGAUUGAUAGUCGAGGGUUAUGCACAAGGAAGGUAUUGCUUAAAAAGAUUCUCUCCAAUGGUAAGAAUACAUGAAUCAAUACCUUGUUAACUAUGUGGUGGUCUGUGACUGUGCACAAGUCAGAAGACAUCUUCUUAUAUGGUACUCAUUUAUGGAGUAAGAAAAUUCAGCUCAAAGGUGAUGUUGUUGCAAACAAAGGAGUAUGUAUCAAGGUAAUGAAAUUAUCGUAUAGGCGAUGGUUCACUGUGUGAUGAGGAGUACGACUCAAGAGAAGAUAUGAUCGUAGAUCAAGAUUCAAGGUGAGAUGAUCACGGGUAAAGCAAGACUUGUGGUAGAGAUGGGCUCAAACUUUGUGCAAUGCGUAAUUGGAGCCAUGCUUAAUAUACUUUGAUGCAUACAUGAUGGUGUGACAAGUUCUUUAUCGACCAUUCAAAUAUUAGACCAGCCAGCCACAACAACUUUCCUGUGUUUGUUUAGUUUCUCAAGCGAUGGAGUCGAAACGUGAAAGUCCCCCUUUUGGCAGUGGUGACAAGUUCUACUGUCUCGAUGGGAGCUGAUAGUGAGCUGCAUCAGGAAAUAAUUACGCUUGUGGAGUCCAAGUUGGGAGAGCCACUGAGAGAGGAUGGACCCAUUCUUGGAAUGGAAUUUGAUCCAUUGCUUCUUGGUGCCUUCGGCGCGCCUACAGUUUCAAAUGUGAAAGUUGGUGGCGGUGGCGGUCGUUCUACUGUCUCGAUGGGUGGUCCUUCACUGACAUCACAAUUCAUACCAAUACCAGUGUGCUUGGGUGGAAAACUUCGGAAUCCCAAAAAAGGAGAGACCUCACAUACCGGGAAGAAACCCAAGCUUGAUCAUGAUGCUGGUGCUUAUGGAGAAUGCUCGAGGAACCAUGCUGUAGAGAUUGGUGAAUAUGUGUUAGAUGGUUGUCUUGAGUUUAUGGCUGGUGGUGAGGAAGGAACAAUCGCAUCACUUCAGUGUGCAGCCUGUAACUGUCACAGACGCUUUCACAGGUAUAUAGCACCUGCUCCCUUGUAAGUCCUAAAGCAUUACUUCUUCAAGAUCUUUGUGUUGUUAUGAAUCCAGGUGUGUUUGUUGGGACACCCACCUUAUUUCUUUAUAACUUGUCUAAACUACUAUCUAGCUGUAUUGCCUAAUUCAGUAUCU